AUGCACAUGGGAUACACACUGCUGCCAGAGGAAAGUCCAGAAAAACUGAACGAUGCAUUUUUAAGCUACUCUUUGAUCACAAAUAGCAUAGAGCCCACAGAAAAGCCAUCAAUUGCAUCUCCAAUGUUCCUCAUAGAUAGCUCUGUGGUGGAGAUACUGACGGGGGGAGUGCACAUAGAGUCUGCCCUGGGCUGUGGCAUGCAGGAGAUAGCUAGCCCAUCAGAUCUUGAAAGAGAAAAAAACACUGAUGAAGUGGAGUACGAGGUGAGCAUAGACUUUACGGCUCUUGAGAGGGAGUAUGAAAUGAUAGGAGUAGACAAAGAGCACAGCGAGGUUUCCAGUAUUGGGCAUGCAGGGCAGUACAUGUACGAAAUAACAGCAGGAGAAGAGAAGUACAUUGCAAAGUGUGCAACAGUGGAUGAAAAUGUGUAUGUGGUGUUUUCAGAAGAAGGGCAGAUAUACAGUAUAGACAAGUCGUGCACAGUGAGAAAGCAAAGCGAUAGAAGACUAGAGGAAUAG